AUGAAAGUUCGAGGGAGUGUAGAUGAAAUCACCUUGCUCGGAUCGCUCAAAGAAUUCCUGCCCCAUGAGAUCACCCAUAACAACAUCCCACUUGUUUCCUGUGAUCCCACUCCAUCUCUGAGCUGUGCCGUCAUCCUCUCUGCAUCCUGGUCCCAGAUGGAGCUCAAAGUGUGGGUGGAUGGAGUGGUGCGGGUGGUGUGCGGCCUGUCUGAGGAAACGUCCUGCCAGGACGUCGUUAUUGCUCUGGCGCAGGCCAUUGGUCAAACAGGCCGGUAUGUUCUUAUCCAGCGCCUGAGGGACACGGAGAGGCAGCUGCUGGCCACCGAGCGGCCCCUGGAAUCUCUGGCAAAGCUAGGCCAGCACGGCACCGAGGUUCAGUUCUUCCUGCGCCGCACCGGCCCCAGCAACAGUGACGGGCCCGGCUCCAAACAAGACCGGCCCGCUCCCGUCCCGCUGCCCAAGCACCCGGAGCCAGAGACUCUGAAACGCAACCAGCCCAAGAAAGCCCUGACCUUUAACCUGGGGCCGUCCACCUCCCCCAAAGCUAAGCCCAAGCAGUUUAAGAGGUCACCUCGGGACUCCCCAGAGCAAAGGGCGUCCCCGUCCCCUUCACCCAGCCCCGUCUCCCCUCAUGUGCCAUGCCCUUCUCCCUCUCCACCUGUAGGCACCUCCAAAGAGGAGGUUUUUAGAAAAGUUCUUCAGCAACAGGAGAGACUGAGAGCCAUUGAAGCCCAGCUGGGCUUAGAGAGGGAGUCCCACCCUUGGGAGCGUCCCUCCCCAUCUCCAUGUCCCUCGCCGGUGGCCGACGCUCGUCUGCAAGAAGAGAUGGACGUGUUGGAGCAGCUGAUGCGCAGGAACCAGGCCGAACUCGCUCACGAGCAGUACUGGGAGGAAGAGCUUCAAACAGAGGUGGAGAGAGAGCGGGGCAUGAGGAGGAAGCUGGGGGAGCUCCACUCCAAGCUGGACGACUGCGGACGUCGGCUCCACGAGUUCUCGGUUCGCUCCGCUCAGCUGGAGCAAGAGAUCCAGCGGGAGAGCCAGGCAGAGAUCAAGGCCAGUAUGCCCGAGGAGUCGCUCGACGCCGUGAAAGCGGAGCUGUGGAACCAGGAGAGGCACGGCACAGAGCUGAAGGAGCAGCUAUCCGAGACCGAUAAGGCCCUGGGGAAGGCAGAAUCUAUGCUGCAGGCGAAACAGGAGGAGCUGGAGGAGCUGAAUAAGGAGCUGAGGCAGUGUAACCUGCAGCAGUUUAUCCAGCAGGCGGGCGUCCUGCCGGCGCACAGCCACUCGCGCACCGAGCUGCAGGAGCAGCUGGAGCAGCUGGAACUGGCCGAGUUCCUGCAGGAGGGCUACAGGAAUGGCCGCAGCCAAACCCCCGUGGAGUCUCCGCCUCGUCCCACCGCCAAACAGUUCCUCGGACAUCCCCGAAACCUCCAAAACCCUCUAGUGUCCAGUCUCAACCCCGAGGGUGUGUAUGUGUGAGACCCCGCUGCUUCCCGCACCCCCCGCCCUGUCCAGCCCCUGGUCUCAGAGCCCCUGACCUUAUAACUUCCACCCCAGCUCGACUGGGUUCGAGGCUUCAGCUGUCGAUGGCGUUGGGUAGCGAAAGCAUCUGUAUGGUGGCGGGCUCUGCAACUUCCCGACUUUAAAAGGCUGAAAGACUUUAUUUUUUUCCACGUAAAGCUCUCUUUCCUCUCCAGAUAACUAUCCCUUGCUUUUGACAGCUGCAACCCUCCUCAUCAUCUCAGUAUUUUCUGUUUAAUUAUUUGGGAUUUUCUUUUCCUCUCUUGUUCCUUCUCCUGCCCGUCCUCUUCCUCCUCCUGCCCUCCCGCUGUUUGCUACUGGACUAAUUGUAGCUGCUUUUCUUUCUGUAAUGCAUCUUAGAAUUUGCUGCUAAUCCCACCUUCUAAUUCAGAGUGGCUUCCUCAGCCUCAAGUCAAUAAUCAAACUAUCAACAACUGCUCUUCUCUAUAUUUUGGUGUAACACAUCAGUCUCCCUGGGAAUACUUUGGUUGACAUUCUGAUUGUGCGUGUGUGUUUCCUUUACUGUGAUGUAGAACAAAAUGGGACUGAUGGCCUUUCAUGUGGGGGUACAGUUUUUUUUCUGUGAGGGCAUGUAUCUGUACAACGCCUUGUACUUUGGUGAUGCUUGGAUUCCAAAGAGCAAGAGCCUUGCACGCGGGGCUCUGCAAAACGUGUUGCACUGUCCCAUCCCCCUGUGUGGAGACUCGGUCCCUGUGCGCCUACAGAGAAAUGUAUCUGUCUGCCCUCUUUUUUCCCUGAUUGAAGACUUAUUUUUGGGAGAGUCUAUUUUUUACAAAAGUCCUUGUUAAAAGAGAUACAUUUCACAUGUAGAGCCACAGGCGGCUGUUUUUUUUGUUUUCUUUUAUACCCAUCUUUACAUCCCCUGGGAUGGAUAUGUAAUCCUAUCUGUUUCUUUCAUCACACUUGAUAUUUGGCCUGUCACAGCUUACAUGGAGCCUCAUUGUAGUCUCGACUUUGAUAAGCUCACUCACCUGAGUCCUAGCAAGUGAGCAAUUUCCAUCACUAUUAUCUGAAAUUGACUAUUUUAAUCAAUAUAUACUCAGUCAAUGCACUUAUUUCAUCAGACUACAUCUCCAUACAACGCUGUCAGGUUAAAAUGGUGUGUCUGUGUGUGCAGCUUCCAAUCCAUUUGUGCUGUUUUCUUUGAGAAGAUACACAAAUGUGUGUUGUUUUUUUAAACAGGGGACAUCCCAGUGCUUGUAAUA